UACUAGUGAGUGCCCCACCACUCUUAUGUCAAUCUAUGACUCAUCACUAUUUUCUUCUUCUUUAAGCUUACAUCUAUGCUGCUUUUUCAACAUUCAUCUCUUCCCCACUAAACACAUGCACACCUUCUUCUACUUCUAAAUCCACCCAAUUUCCAAGGUAAAUGGAUUGUUAUUCCUAGAGGUAAAAUAUGAAGUGCUUAUGCGAGAAAGACUCUGCUCAUUCAACACCCCACCAUAUUUUUGGAUGUCCAUCAUGGGGAACAUCUUCUGAAUCUCAAGUCCAACAAACAUCCAUGUCCAAAGGUUUGAGCUUCAAAGUGGAAGCUCUGCCACAAGAAUGCCACAACAGUAAAGCAUUGAGUUUUCAAUUUCAAGAACAGGAUUCAUCUUCAACUCAAUCGACUGGUUCAUCACAAUCAGGUCAAAUUCCUUUCCAGCAUUGUUCUUCUACUGGUUCAACAUUUAAGAGAACUGAGGAGAACAAUAUGGGAUGUCUCAUCGGAUCAUCAUCUAUUGGGAGUCCAAAUCUCACCGUCCAUCCUCCACUAAUGGAUCACAGCCAAUCACUUGCGCAUGUUGCACUCCACUAUGCUGAUCCAGGCUACAAUGGCCUACUUUCUGCUUCAUAUGGCCAACAAUACAAGUUACAGGCUUAUAGCAUCAUGUCAUCAAAUUCUGACCAGCUUCUUCAGGGCCAGCUAAUGGAAACUGCUUCUGUUCGAAUUCCCUUGCCAUCUGAUAUGGCGGAAGAACCCAUAUAUGUGAAUUCAAAGCAGUACCAUGCUAUUAUGAGGCGAAGACAGUGUCGGGCAAAACUUGAAGCACAUAACAAACUCAUAAAGGAUCGUAAACCAUAUCUUCACGAGUCCCGACAUGUACAUGCAUUAAAGAGAGCUAGAGGAGCCGGUGGCCGUUUUCUCAAUGCUAAAAAGCUCCAAGAAUCAAAGCUUGAUUCGCCAAACCAUGGCCAAAAUGUUUCCACCGGCUAUACUUGUUUGAAUUUGAAUGGAAAUAUGUCGGAACCUAAAAUGCAUGAUCAGGUUGAAAACUACAGAGACGAUGCUUCUGAUGUCGCAUAUGGAUCUAAUAGGAAUGAAAUGUUUCAGCAGCAACAGGAGUUAGAGUUCAGGUUAUGCAGUUACCCUUCUUCUCAGACUGGAAGGAACAUGCAGGAUUAUACAUCUGACAAGAAUGUUGGUGCGAAUCAACGCCGACUAUCCGUCCGCAUGUGAGAGACUUGUAGAACACAUCAUUGUAGUUGGUUAUUCUUCGUCUUCAUCGUUCAGAUCAGACGAAGACCACUAUUUGAUUGUGUUCUCCAAUCUCUACCAUUGGGAAGUCAUCCUUGGCUCAUAUUUACUUAUGUCAUACUGUUUGAUAAUCUUAAUUUUUCAUCACACUUUAUUACGUAUUGUGUAGCCUAUUGUUUAGGCAAAAAUCACAAGUAAUGACUUGUCAAAAACAAUGCUUUUCUAAGUUUAAUGUUGGAACCUAGUGUGACUUUAUUUGUUGUUUUUACCGAAGAACGGAGUUUUUUGAAUCCUACACAUCUUUGAUUUGAUGUAUAUUGUAUGGGGCUUUGACAUAUGUGUGACUCUAUCGUAGUCGUUGGAUUGAGAUUGGCAUGGAUGGUUCAUAUUUUAAUGCAAA